AUGAGUCUCCAAGAUCGUAUGAAACAUGAUGAGAAAAAUAAAGCAUUGUAUCAGAAUCAAUCAUUUGCCGAAACUUCCGCUGUCAACGCAUUGGAACAACGAACGCUGCUUGAUGUUGAUUCAGAACCGUGGAAUACUCGUCAUACAAGUAUUAUUUGUACACUUGGUCCAGCUUCUCAAAGUGUUGAAAUGUUAACAAAAAUGCUCCAAGCAGGAAUGAAUAUUGCUCGUUUAAAUUUUUCACAUGGUUCUUAUGAGUAUCAUCAACAAAGUAUUGACAAUGUUCGCGCAGCUGAACAAUUGACAGCCGAAAAUGCUGGUUUAUUUCGUCCAACUGGUAUUGCAUUAGAUACAAAAGGACCUGAAAUAAGAACGGGCGUUCUUCAAGCUGGAGUCAAUUCUGAAUUAGAUUUGCAAACUGGUACAACUGUUCGUAUAACAACCGACGAAGCAUUUGCUGAAAAAUGUUCACUGGAUAAUUUAUAUGUGGACUAUAAAAAUAUUGUCAAUGUUAUUAAAAAAGGAAAUAAAGUAUUUAUUGAUGAUGGACUUAUUAGUUUAAUAACCAAAGAAGUUGGUUCAAAUUAUUUAUUGACCGAAGUCGAAAAUGGUGGUUUAUUAGGUAGUCGAAAAGGUGUAAAUUUACCAGGCGUACCAAUUGACUUACCCGCGGUAUCAAUGAAAGAUCAGCAUGAUUUAGAAUUUGCUGUUAAAAAUAAGCUCGAUAUGGUAUUUGCAUCGUUUAUUCGUGACGCUGAUGGAAUAAGAUUUAUACGAGAAUUACUUGGCCCCGAGGGAAAAGAUAUUAAAAUCAUAGCUAAAAUAGAAAAUCAUCAAGGAAUUCAAAACUUUGAUUCUAUAUUAGAAGUUGCAGAUGGUAUCAUGGUGGCUCGAGGUGAUAUGGGUAUCGAGAUUCCAGCACAAAAAGUAUUUGUUGCACAAAAAAUGAUGAUUGCAAAAUGUAAUCAAGCAGGAAAACCAGUAAUAUGUGCAACACAGAUGUUGGAAAGUAUGACAAAAAAUCCUCGUCCAACACGUGCAGAAGUCAGUGAUGUUGCCAAUGCCGUAUUAGAUAAUGCUGAUUGUGUCAUGUUAUCCGGUGAAACAGCAAAAGGAAAAUAUCCUGUUGAAUGUAUAAAACUUAUGCACGAAAUUGCUCGAGAAGCCGAAGCUUGUUUAUUCCAUCGAGAAUUAUUUGAAAAUUUACGUUAUUUCACUAAACCACCAUUAGAGCAAAUUCAUGCAACAGCAAUUGCCGCCGUUGAAGCAGCGUUUCGAAGUUUUGCAACAAUUAUUGUUGUCUUGACACAUUCUGGAAGAUCAGCUCAUCUUAUUGCUCAAUAUCGUCCACGAGCUGUAAUAAUGACUGUAACAAGAAAUUUGGCCACAGCACGACAAAUGCAUUUGUAUCGUGCUUGUUUUCCUGUAUAUGUUAAACCUCGUCCUCAAGCCACUAGCUCUACUGCUGAUCCUCACAGUUUUCAACAACAACGUAUGUGGGGUCAAGAAGCUUCAGCUAUGACAGAAUGGUUAGUCGAUGUUGAUUUCCGUGUAACAAGUGCUAUACGAAUUGCUAAAGAAAAAGGAUUUUGUAAACCGGGUGAUGCUGUCAUUGUUGUUACAGGUUGGAGAGCUGGUUAUGGUACAACCAAUACACUUCGUAUUAUUUAUGCCGAUUAA